AACCACUUGCGUAAACCUUUAUAUUGCUCGUUGUGCAAGCGGUUGAGUUUGUCGCUUUAAAUGUAAGGGAGUUUCACGCUCCGAGAGAAACAUUCCUAGUCUGUCGAGCCUCAAAGACUGUUGCUUGAACAGAUUAAGAGGAUGCAGACCCUCUGGUUGUGCCUUUUUUGUUUGAGCUAUGGUCUGUCCCAGGCACAGUCCAUGUUCUCUGUAGUCACGGAGACAGUCCUGCCCCCUGAUGCGUUCCAUAACCCGACCCAGCUAAAUUAUGGGAUGGCAGUAACAGAUGUGGAUGGUGAUGGAGACCUCGAGGUGGUGGUUGCUGGAUACAACGGCCCCAACCUUGUACUGAAGUAUGAUCGCAGCCAGAAGAAACUCGUGAACAUCGCAGUUGAUGACAGCAGCUCUCCUUUCUAUGCCCUGAGAGACCCUCUGGGCAAUGCCAUUGGUGUGACUGCAUGCGAUGUGGACGGGGAUGGAAGAGAAGAAAUCUACUUCCUCAACACCAACAAUGCUUAUUCAGGACGGGCGACCUACUCCGACAAGCUCUUCAAGUUCCGUAACGGCCGCUUCGAGGACCUCCUGAGUGAUGACCUCAACCAGCGCAGAGGUGUGGCCAACAAGAUGGCGGGAAGAUCCGUGGCGUGUGUGGACAGAAAGGGUACGGGACGCUACUCUGUGUAUGUGGCUAACUACGCCAGUGGUAACGUUGGCCCACAUGCACUGAUUGAGAUGGAUGAGGCCGCCAGUGACCUCAGCAAAGGCAUCAUCGCCCUGGCAGAUGUGGCCGCUCAGGCGGGGGUCAACAAACACACAGGUGGGCGUGGUGUUGUGGUUGGGCCAAUCAUAAGUGAGAGCAGAUCCGAUGUCUUCUGUGACAAUGAGAAUGGUCCCAACUUCUUGUUCCGGAACAAUGGGGACGGAACAUUUACUGACAUGGCCAAAAAAGCUGGUGUAGAAGACAGUCACCAGCAUGGCAGAGGGGUUGCCUUGGCUGACUUCAACGGGGACGGCAAGACAGACAUCGUCUAUGGCAACUGGAACGGUCCUCACCGCCUCUAUCUACAGGGAACCAACCAGAAGUUUAGGAAUAUUGCCACGCAGGCUUUUGCCUCUCCCUCUCCAAUACGCACCGUCAUCGCUGCUGAUUUCGACAACGACAAGGAGCUGGAGGUCUUUUUCAACAACAUUGCCUACAGAGGCGACUCCCCCAACAGAAUCUUCAGAGUGAGCAGGAGAGCAAACUCUGAUCCUAAGAUUGAGGAACUGAAUGUCGGUGAUGCUGCCGAACCUCAGGGUCGUGGAACAGGUGCCACGAUAACUGACUUUGAUGGUGAUGGGAUGCUGGACCUGCUGGUUGCUCAUGGCGAGAGUGCAGUGCAGCCCAUAUCUGUCUUCAAAGUUAACCAGGGGUCUUCCAACAACUGGCUGCGAGUCGUUCCUCGCACGCGGCACGGCGCCUUCGCCCGCGGGGCCAAGGUGGUGGCCUAUACCAAGGAGAGUGGGACCCACGUGCGCAUCAUUGACGGCGGAUCUGGCUACCUGUGCCAGAUGGAACCGGUGGCUCACUUUGGCCUGGGCAGGGAUGAGGUCGUCAGCGUGGAAGUCUAUUGGCCAGAUGGCCGGUCCAUGGCCAGAGCCCUGCAGGAGGGUGAGAUGAACUCCUCCCUGGAGAUCACCUACCCCAGAGAGGGGGAGCAGUUUGUGCUGACAUCAGAUUCUCAGUGUGGAAGCGGAUUCACUUUAAAUAAAAAUGGCCGCUGCACAGGUAGAACCUAGGCACCAAAGGAAGAGGAUGGGUUUUAACGUUUUUAAAUCAAUUCAGUAGAAUGUCCAUGUGAAGAUAUUUUUCACAGUUGUAUUUGAUGCUGUUACAUUGAUGUUCUUCCUAAUGUAUGUUUCAAAUAGAAGUGCCUAUUGGGAGAAAAUCAGGGAUGAUGCAAUGUUUACUCUGAACUGAAAGAUUUAUUUAGUUUAUUUUGCACUAGUUUUUUUUCAGUCAUUCCUUUUUAUUAACAAGCCUUAACUCUCCACACACACACACACUGGUUUAAGAGCUGUUUGAGGGCAUGAGUCUGUUUUCUGUUGGAUGUUUUGAGUUGUAUGUGUGGUGGACGUUCUGUCAAUAAACUUUGUUUUUAUUUUUCAAAACAAA